GCCGCGGCUGAGACCCAUCGCCACCGUGGCCUUGCACGUGCCCGACUACCAGAGCAAGGGCCGCCUGGCGCUUCUUCUCGCGCGCCGCGGGCGGCGCCGCUUGCGACUACUGCGACCUUCGCGAACCCGCUGCCCGCUGCCGUGGGCUGCCUGGAUGGGCAUCGCGGGGGGUCCCUGGCAGAUCUGGGGCAAGCUGCAAGUGGCGCUGUACUGGCUGAUGAUGGUGGACACCAACCUCAGGUCUGGCAAAGCACUGACAUUGACCAAGGGCCAGGGGUGUCCGCCACAGGCGAAGAUGCAGAGGGUGACGGACCACAGCAACGCAGGCAGCCUACAGAAGCUCAGCAAGACAAACGAGACCGACGAGGCCAAGAAGACUUUCAACGGUGCCGACAAGCCUUCAGGCCCCGCGGGAGCACGAAGCGUGCUGUACAUGGUGCGACACAGUGGGGCCUCGAUCGUCGCGCCCACGGAGGGAAUCCCGCUGCUCGAUGUCCAGCACCGGGACAGGUGGAGGCAGUGGAGGCAGCCUGCAUCGGUCUGCCGCUACCAGACACGCGGGCUGCUGCAGGUGGUAUGGGCACAGAUGACCACUCGCGCGGACAACUACGCGGUGCGCGCGGAGAUCGAGCUGCCCGCGCCGCU